AGGAAAAGGAGAAAGAAAGAAAGUGUCUCUAUUAGUCUAUUGGAUUCCACUAAUAUAGUGCGGUCAAAUCAUUAAUUCCUAUAAUAUUACCAUAUAUAUAUACAUAUCAAGAUUUGAUUGUUGAAAUCCAAUCCAAUUAUCCUCUUUAUUGUCCAUCAUCCACCAUUGGAGGAAGAGGUUUCUCCACCUUUAUGGCAAUGACUGUUGUCUAAAUCCAACGAUAAAGAAAGAAGCACCCAUUUGAUCGAAGGCUCAGCUCUGAUCACCGAAUCCCAAGCAACGUGUUCUCGGUGGAAAUGGGUUCUCGAUUUCAAUAUCUGUUCUUGUAGGGGGAUAAAUGUCCAAAGGUGGUGUUGGGCGGAAAAGAAUAUGUGUGAAUGUUUGUACAAUUAUAAAAAGGUUUAAUAAUAUGACAAAAGUUUUUGAUGAAGAAUAAUAUGACAAAAGUUGUGACCCUCCAACACAAAUUCCCACUAUUUUAUUAUUAUUUUUAUUAAUAAAUAUUUAUACAAAAGCAUACAUGUUUUGUCUUUUCCUUUCUUUUGGGUUUACAAUUACAUCAACAUUAAUGUUCUCAUCCUUCACCAUUGCUUUUCUCUGACUCCAUAGUUGAACUAUAAAUAUGGAAGCAGAGGAGGAAGUUUCUAUUUUAAGUGCAGAUGAUCCCCGACAGGAAAUUGAGCUGACAAUAGCCUCUGAAAAGAUCAAUCUUCUUCCUACACCAGCUCAGCUCUCUUGCACCUGUGUUUGUGCCUUCUCCAAACAAGAGCAUAAGAGCUUGGAUUCAGAAGAAAGAACAAAAUCAGCAACUAAACUUUGUGGACUCAUAUUAUUCUAUCUGUUAGUUAUGAUAGUAGAGAUUGUUGGAGGUUUGAAAGCCAAUAGCCUAGCAGUAAUUACAGAUGCAGGCCACUUGCUCACUGAUAUAGUUGGAUUCUCCAUUUCUCUAUUCUCAGUUUGGGCUUCAGGUUGGAAACCAACACCGCAGCAGUCAUUUGGUUAUCACCGUCUCGAAAUUCUUGGUGCUCUUGUCUCUGUGCAGCUCAUAUGGUUGAUCUCAGGUUUCUUAAUAUAUGAAGCUGUUAGCAGGAUUCUCCACAAAAUUAACAGUGUCAAUGGAAUUCUCAUGUUCGGCGUAGCAGCAUUUGGAUUCGUGGUUAAUUUUGUUAUGGUCAUUUGGCUUGGUGGUCACCACCACAAUCAUAGUCAUCAUUCAUGUCCUCACUCUCACCAUGAUCAUGAGCACUCUCAUGAAAAGGAGGAAAUAUGUGCUAGUACAGCAGAGAAGACCAAAACAAUGAACAUAAAUGUUCAAGGUGCUUACUUGCAUGUCAUGGUUGAUAUGAUUCAGUCUGUUGGGGUGAUGAUUGCUGGUGCCAUAAUUUGGGCUAAACCAGAUUGGUUAGUGGUAGACUUGAUCUGCACAUUCAUUUUCUCUAUUAUUUCUCUAAGCACUACCAUAUCCAUGCUCAGAAAUAUUUAUGGGAUAUUGAUGGAAACAACACCGAGCGAAAUCAACAUCACUAGACUUGAAAAUGAUCUCAAGAACAUCAAAGGAGUUCAGGAUGUUCAUGACUUGCAUGUUUGGGCGCUGACAGUAGGGAAAAUAGUGCUUUCUUGCCAUGUUAUAGUCGAUCCUGCAGUAAACUCUAGUCUAUUGAUAUACAAGAUAAAGGAUCACUGUGAAAAAGCAUACAGAAUACACCAUGUGACAAUACAGAUCGAGUAGUAAAUUGCAGACAAUUUUUUGUAUGGUAUUUCUUCAAUAUCGUUCUUGAGUUUUUCUAUAAAGAAAAUUCAUUUUUGGGACA